AUGUCGUCCAGUUCUGGCCAGACCCCUACCACUUCCAAGGCGGUGAAUAUACCAAACAAAUCCUCAUCAUCAACCUUUCACUCCGCGCCGGCGGUUGAUACAGGUAGUAGACGUGUCGGAGGUUCGGGCAGUUUCGGCGCGCGAUUGGCGUCGAGAAGCUCAAGUUCUGCUCGAAACAACCAGGCUCUAAAGAGUCAACACAGGCGGCAAAGGCGUCCUCGCUUAUUGGAUGAUGAAAUUGAUGAGUCGACCGUCAUGAGAUCCGCUACCAGCCGAAAAGGACAAACGUCCAUCACCCAUCUGAUGAACUUCUCUCUUCCCCCGCGACCUGAAUACCAUCCGCCGCCGCGAAACCCGCGCCGCUACAAUUCAUGGGGCCUUGGCUCCGGCUACCAUGCGAUGGACAAAGCUCGCUAUGUGCAUGCAAACUAUCGAUUCAUCGUGACGCCAAACCGAGCGUAUCAUGCACAGGCGGCUAAUGCUGAUGUUCACCUGGACUGGGACUCAGUUCUUCAAAUUCUCGUGUCGGCUCAGACUCAGUCUUCAAGUUGCCCAAUUUGCUUGUCUACGCCCGUGGCGCCACGAAUGGCACGAUGUGGGCACAUCUUUUGUCUGCCUUGUCUAAUUCGUUUUAUGCACUCGACAGACGAUGAGAAACCAAUACCAGAGAAAAAGGCGCGCUGGAAAAAGUGUCCUAUCUGCUGGGACAGCAUUUACAUUUCAGAAACGCGACCCGUAAGAUGGUUCAGCGGCCAGGAAGGAGACCUUCCUCUUGAGGGAGGUGAUGUGGUACUAAGGCUGGUUAAGAGGGAGCCGGGUAGUACCCUCGCUUUGCCCAGGGAUGGUGCUGAGAGCCUUGCCCCUGGAGAAGACAUUCCCUGGUACCAUGCUGCUGAGGUUGCGGACUACGCUCGUAUCAUGAAAGGAGGAGAGGAUUACAUGGUUUCGCAGUAUGACGCAGAAAUUGAAGAUUUGCGCCGGCAGGAGCAAGAAGAUGAAGUUCUCUUUGGAGACGAGACGACAUGGACUAGAAAGGCUGUGUCAACCAUCAAUGAUGCCAAGCAAAAGCUGCAGGGAAUUGGGAACCCUCCUGAGGCAUUACCGCAGUCAACCAUCAACCGCCCACCAAAAGACCCUAUUACCUUUCAACAGCCACCAGAAGAAGUUGCACUCAUGUAUACGGCUCAGCACGCCGCAAAGUCAGGCAGAUCCUCACCCAGCCCGCAAUCAGACAGUUCUGAUUUGACUCAGACGACAGAGGCAUUGGGUAGUAUGAGUAUGACGAAUGGUACAAAUCAAAAGCAGAAGGACCCCGUGGCCGGCCGGGAUGGUGAUAGGAAGAAGGGCGGUAACGCGCCUCACCCUUCCGGCCAGCCAUACUUCUUUUACCAAGCACUACCCCACUACUACCUUUCUCCUCUGGACAUUCGGAUUCUCAAAGCUGCAUUUGGCGAAUACUCCACGUUCCCUGCAACUAUCCUACCCCGCGUUGAACACAUAACCACUGGCCAUAUCGUCGAUGACGAGCUGCGCAAACGCGUUAAGUAUCUCGGCCAUCUUCCUCAAGGCUGUGAGGUCAAUUUUCUCGAGUGCGACUGGAGAGACGUUGUCAUGCCAGAUGUUCUAGAGCAAUUCAGCACCGAAAUCGGAAAACGACGGAAGCGACACAAGGACAAGGAAGUUCGCGAGGAAAAGAGUCGCGUCAGGGCAGAGAAAGAGGAAGACGAGAAGCGUUGGGCUGCUGCCCGCCAGAAGAUGCCGAGCAUUAGCUCCGAUGACCGGCCAUUCUCCGACCAUGACUUCCUGCCAUUGGCGAGUGACGGUACAAAUCUCGAGCUGGCGUCUUCAGCCUCGCCCCCUCGCCCAUCAUCUCACUUCAGUGCGUUGGCCAGUCUUUCGAAUAGCCCACCGGGAUCCCGCACCGUCUGGGGAACCGCUGCUAUAGCAUCCCACUCGGGAGGGCCGCCAGAUCAUUUGAGGCCUGCUCCACGCGAUGGGUGGCGCGAAGGCUGGGAGGAAGAACUCUUUGCUCACCAGGAAUCCGAGCUGAUUGCCCAGACAGCUGCGGACGAGAACACUAAUCCCUCGCAGGCAAAGAAGAAAGGAAAGAAGAACAAGAAGAUCACACUCAUGUCCACGAAUAUCCAACGCGGCGCUUAA